AUGGUUUCUGCAAAGGUGAACAACGUUUACGCCAUUUGCGCCUUCGCGGCCAUUGGUGGUGGGCUUUUCGGUUUCGAUAUUAGUAGUAUGUCCGGUGUGCUCGGAACAAAUGCAUACAAAAACUACUUUGACAAUCCUCAGGAUACUAGGCAAGGUGGAAUUACCUGUGCUAUGCCAGCUGGGUCUUUAGUUGGUGCUCUUGCAUCGGGUUUUCUAGGUGACAAAGUUGGCCGAAAAUGGGCCAUCCAAAUCGGCGGUAUUAUCUGGAUCAUUGGAUCAAUUAUUCAAGCUGCUUCUCAGAAUAUCGGCAUGCUCGUCGUCGGGCGUGUCAUCGCUGGUCUUUGCGUCGGUAUCACUUCUUCUCUUGUCCCAGUCUAUCAAGCCGAAAUCGCCCCCAAGGAGAUCCGUGGUCGCAUGGUUUCUCUCCAGCAAUGGGCUAUCACAUGGGGUAUCUUGAUUCAAUACUUUAUCCAGUACGGUGCUUCCUUCUAUGGUGGCGGCCCCGAGGACCCUCAUCAACCUAGCGCGGCUUUCCGUAUCCCAUGGGGUAUCCAGGCUAUCCCAGGAGCGCUCCUUGUUGCCGGUCUCUUCUUCUUCCCAGAAUCUCCGCGAUGGUUGGCCGACAAGGAUAGGUGGGAGGAUUCACUUCGCGUUCUCGCCGACGUUCACGGAGGUGGUGAUCUUAACCAUCCCAAGGUGCUCGCUGAAUACCAGGAGAUUGAAGAAGUCAUCCGUUUCGAGCGUGAAGAAGCAAUCUCAUCAUAUGCGGAGCUCACCAAGCCCCGUAUCCUCAAGCGUGUUGUUCUCGGCAUGUCGAUCCAGAUGUGGUCCCAGCUUUGCGGAAUGAACAUCAUGAUGUACUACAUCGUAUACGUUAUGGAGGGAGCCGGUAUCAAAGACCCCCUCCUCACUUCAUCAAUUCAGUACAUCAUCAACGUUGUCAUGACCAUUCCUGCAAUCAUGUGGAUGGACCGCUGGGGUCGUCGCCCCACACUUCUCCUGGGAUCUUUCGGGAUGAUGACUUGGUUGUUCAUCUCUGGCUCAAUCCAGGGUGCCUUUGGGGAGCCCGAAAACGACCCUUCAAAGGCCGUUACCUGGAAAAUGGUUGAUAAAGAAACUCAGUCUCGUGCUGUUGUUGCAUGCUCUUACCUCUUUGUUGCGACAUUCGCAAUUACAUGGGGUCCUGUCUCAUGGACAAUGCCUGCAGAAAUCUUCCCGAAUAAGGUCCGUUCAAAGGCUGUAUCUUUGUCAACCGCGUCAAAUUGGGCAUGGAACUGUGGUCUUGCCUUUGCAGUCCCUCCACUACUUAGAGCUAUCAACUGGAAGAUGUACAUGAUCUUCGGCGCCUUCAAUGGGUGUGCACUUGUACACAUGUUCCUUACCGCACCAGAGACUAAGGGCAAGACAUUGGAAGAGAUGGAUGAUGUCUUUGAUUCCGGUAUUCCAGUUUGGCGUCAACAACCUACUACAGGCUCUCGACUCGAUGCUAUCCAGAAGGAUAUUGAGCAAGGAAACCUUAAGGUCAAUAUUGGUCACAAAACCGAGGAGGUCAAACCUGAGAAGGAGACUUAA